AUAAAAAAAGAAAAAGGAAAAAAAAACCCCAAAGCCACAAGGGUUCUUCCAUUGUUUCUCUUCUCUCAUUCUUCUCUGCAAUUCCUUUUCAUUCAACCUUCCACAAAAUUACACCAAAAAAAAAGUGAAGUAAAAGUAAUUUCAAAAUUCCUUAUCAUCUUCUCCAAUCAAGGUAUCGCUAUCCAUCGGUUGAAUUUCUACAAAAAUCGAAGAAAUCGUAGAGAAGAAGAGGAACAAUUGAGAGAGUUUUUGUUUUUCGCCAUGGGAGAUAGUAACAGAGAAGCGUUGAUUAGCAGAAAAUCGAGCGUAUUCAAGCGUUCAGCCUCUCACGCUCACGAUGAAUUACAAAGCUUCAGAUCUUACCUCCGGUGGAUGUGCGUAGAUCAAUCUGACAUUUGGACGGCUGGAUUGUCAUGGUCGAUGUUCUUCCUUUUCGCUAUAAUCGUUCCAGCGACUUCACAUUUCGUUCUGGCUUGUUCUUCAUGUGAUAGCAAUCACGCUAGGCCGUUUGAUCGCGUUGUUCAAUUGUCGCUUAGUAGUCUGGCGACGGUUUCUUUCCUCUGUCUUUCAGGUUUCAUCAGGAGGUAUGGACUUAGGAGAUUCUUGUUCUUCGAUAAACUCUGCGAUGAAAGCGAAACUGUGAGAACAGGAUAUACGAACAAGUUCAAUAGAUCACUUCGAGUACUAUCAACAUUCGUGAUCCCAUGCUUCGCAGCAGAGAGCGCAUACAAAAUCUGGUGGUACGCAUCGGGGGCUUCACAGAUCCCAUUCCUUGGUAAUGUCAUAGUGAGCGACGUAGUAGCAUGUGCCAUGGAGCUUCUAUCCUGGCUCUACAGAACCACCAUCAUAUUCCUUGUUUGCAUCCUCUUCCGUCUCAUCUGCGACCUCCAGAUCCUCCGCCUCCAGGACUUCGCCACCGUCUUCCAGGUCGACUCCGACGUCGCCUCCGUCCUCUCCGAGCAUUUGAGAAUCCGACGCCAUCUCCGAAUCAUUAGCCACCGUUACCGCGCCUUCAUAUUGGGAUCCCUCGUCCUCGUCACCGGUAGCCAGUUUACUUCGCUGCUUAUUACUACUAAAUCCUCUUCCAACCUCAAUAUCUACAUUGCUGGAGAACUUGCGCUAUGUUCCAUGACGCUUCUUACUAGUCUUAUGAUACUAUUACGGAGUGCUACAAAAAUCACCCACAAAGCGCAAUCAGUGACGUCGCUUGCUGCCAAGUGGCAUGUGUGUGCGACGUUGGAUUCUUUCGACGUCACCGACGGCGAGACGCCCAUGGCCUCCACCAUACAGCAGGUUUUUCCGGCGACCCACGAAGGCGGAGAUGAAUCGGAAGGUUGCGACGAAGAAGAUGAUUUAGACAACACCAAGCUGAUCCCAGCCUACGCUUACAGCACAAUCUCCUUCCAAAAGAGACAGGCAUUAGUGACGUAUUUCGAGAAUAACAGAGCUGGGAUAACGAUAUACGGGUUUACCCUGGAUAGGACUACACUCCACACCAUCUUUGGAAUUGAGUUAUCCUUGGUUCUUUGGCUGCUUGGCAAAACCAUUGGUUUUUCUUAAACCAUUUUUUUAAUCAUUAUUAUAUUGUAAUUAUUUAUUUUUCUCCCAUUAAAAAAAAAAAAAAAAUCAAAAUCCUUAUUAAUUCUUAUGCCCUGUAUUGUGCUAGUGUAUUAUUCUAUUUACAUUUUAGGGUCCCCAUGGCCAUGUAUUAAUUCCCCUCUUGGGUUUUGAUAUUUACAUUUCACACCCUUGUGCUUCUUUUUUGUUGUUAAUAAUAGAAAUUUGUGUGCUUUUUUGUCA